AUGGAGAAGAAGAAGACAAAGGAGGUUUCGAAGAAGGAGAAGAAGAGCGAUGACGACGAGUAUCAUCGUCAUCAUCAUCGAGAGCGGAUCGAGAGUUGGCGGAGAAAUUUGGUAUUCCUAUCUUUCGAUGAUGAUGUUGAAGAUGAUGAUGAUUUAAAAGGAGAAGGGGAAAUCACGAAAAUGAUAACACAAAGAAAGAGAAGCGCGUACGCAAAGUUACGAGGGGAGUUUUUCUCCUCCUCUUCCUCCUCCUCCGAGAAUAAUAAUUACGCGUGUGAUUCAUCAUCAUCAUCUUCUUCUUCUUCGCCAAAACUCUCGGCGAUGAAGACGCAAAAUUUUUCUCACAUGUUUCAGAAAAAAGAGUUGGUGAGAGUUGUCACGCAGGACGUGCGACGAAUCGUGUUCGCGGAAAGGAAAGGAUUUGGAGGGAAGAAGUUUUGGCAAUCUCCGGACGUGCGAGCGGCAUUGAUUCGAGUGUUGACGGUAUUCGUUCUGGAAAAAGAAAUGGAGAGCAGUAGGAAGAGUAGUGGUGACGUGAAAAUAGAAUAUAAACAAGGGAUGCACGAGAUAGUAGCGAUGGUGUAUUUGGCAACGUGUCGAGCGGCGGGCGGGAGAAGAUUUGAUGACGACGACGGCGAAAACGAAGACGACAACAACGACGACGACGACGAUGAUGAUGAUGAUGAUGACGAGGAGAAUUACGAUGCAUUAUUAGACGCCUCUCUGGUAGUAGCGCGCGACGACGACGAUGAUGAUGAUGAUGACUUUUACAGCCAAAAGUUUGUCGAGCACGAUUGCUACGCUCUUUUCAGCGCGUUUGUGAAUAGCACAAAGUCGUCGUUACGACUGCUAGAUUAUUUUCAAUCUCAAAACGAGUCUUUCAUCGACGAGUAUUGCUUGAGGUUUUUUAACAAGAUGCACGCGGUGGAUGAGGAAACCGCACGUAUCUUUUUCAGCAAAAUGUCACUCACGCGCUUGUAUUUGCCGAGAUUCUUAAAGCUGGCGUACGUUCGAGAGUGUAAACGAGGUGAGUUUCUUUUGAUGAUUUGGGAUUCAAUCAUUGCGGAGAUGGGCAGAGAAGGAAGAAAACAAGAAUCGGGAGAGGCGGUUCAACAUCAUCAUCAACAAUCCUCCUACGGGUCGGCUCGGGAAUUUUUUGAAUCCUUGAGCGUCGCCGCCGUGCUGCGUUGUUGCAAGGACACCAUAACGCGCGACGAAAGCUUGCAUCAAUCGAACGACGAAAGCAUCGGAAACAUCAUAAACAAAAUCAACGCGCAUUCUUUUGAAUUUUCAAAACCAUCCGACGUGGACAUUUUCAUCCAAACGGCCAAGCGCGUGGCGUUCGAGAAGAAGAUUGACGAGAACGACGAAGAAGAAGAAGAAGAAGAAGAACGGUAUUUAUUCGAUGAAUCCGUCUUCAAAAGUAACCUGUUCUCCGCGAUGGAAAUCAGGGACGAUUACGUAUCCUCCUCGCUUCAGUAG